AUGUCUUCGCCGCGGCUAGGGGACGACGGAGACGAUCAGCAGCAGCAGCAACAGCAGCAGCAGCAGCACUAUCGUCGCUCCUUUGAGGACAUGCAGGUCAACGAUGAACAUUCGAGAAGCAUCACGUCUUCUCUACCAUCUGGAUCUAGGUCAAGAUCGGAGAAUUCUGACUGGAAACGGAGUGAUACUGGCUCCUCCCGGUUACCCUUAGGAAUCGCAAGACGGACGCUGGGGAUCACAUUGCUGUUGAUCGUGGUUGUGCUGUGGACGUCUUCUAAUUUCUUGGCCAGUACUAUAUUAGCAGACAACACCUACUCCAAACCGUUCUUCGUCACAUACCUCAAUACUUCCUUCUUCAUCAUCCCCCUCUUCGUAAUCCUCGGGCAAAGGAUAUUUAGCCUAUGGAGGGCUGGGAAGUUGUCCAAGGCUACCUCGUUUCGAACCCUGCUUGACCAGCUUGAUUCCCAUGAGACAACGGACGGAUCCCGCCCGCUCUUAUCGCCGGAUGAUCACGUUGAUGCCAGCGCCGAUGCUGGACCGGUAGAUAGGUACCAUCAGUUAUGUGGGGCCGAUGACGAGACGGGUGACGACAAUAAGAUUGACCCGAUGCCAGAGAAGCUGGAAUUUAAAGCCACUGCGAGAUUGAGCUUGAAGUUUUGUUUGGUGUGGGCGAACUACUUUGCCCUAGCUUGCUUGCAAUUUACAACCGUCGGAAGCACGACGAUAUUGACAUCCACAAGUGGGGUCUGGACCCUGAUAUUCGGCACCGUAAUCGGCGUCGAGAUAUUCACCCUCCGCAAACUGCUCGGCGUCCUGGCUUCGCUAACAGGAAUCAUCCUAAUCUCCCGCGUCGACCUAUCAGGCAACAAUGAUGAAAACCGCGGCUCCUUCCCGCACAAGUCAACGGGUGAGAUCGCUAUUGGGGACGCCAUGGCUGCCUUCAGCGCCAUACUGUACGGCGUGUAUACGAUCGUGAUGAAGAAGCAAAUAGGGAAUGAGAGUCGGGUUAACAUGGUGCUGUUUUUCGGGUUGGUGGGGUUGAUCAAUAUGGUGCUGCUGUGGCCGGUUCUAGUUGCGUUGCAUCUGGCGGGGUGGGAGAAGUUCCAACUACCGCCCACGGGGCGGGUAUGGUUAAUUGUAAUUCUAAAUUCCGUUGUCUCACUCGUCUCCGACAUCCUCUGGGCGUAUGCAUUGCUUCUAACAACACCCUUGGUGGUCACUAUUGGUCUCAGUCUGACCAUCCCGCUCUCGCUUGUGGCGCAGAUUUUCAUCCAGGGACAGUACUCUAGCGCGCUAUAUUGGGUUGGAGCGACUGUCAUGUUCGUUUCUUUCUUGGUGGUUCAUCAUGAGGGGGCAAAGGAGGACUGA